UCAUUGCAACGAUGCGGUCCGGUGUGGGCAAGAAGGUGUUUAUGCAAUAUAUAUGAGAGCUGCUUGUGUUGUGUUGCAGUGCAUAGCAAUAGAGGGCUCCAGGCAUUGUGCAAGAACCAAAGCCUAUUCCAAAGCAUCAUCUGGCGGGGUGCUGAAGGACUGCAAGGAAGGUGGUGUCCAAUCUCAAAAGGCAACAGGGCAUCAUUAAUUUUACAUGAUGUCGCUGGGCCGGCUGACGCUGGGCGUGUCUGCUGGGCUGGGCGGCUGGCUGGCCGGCUGGCUGGCGGGCCGGGCCGAGCCGGUGCGCCGCGCGCCUCCCGGCCACCCGCUGUUCGGCACCGUGUCGGCCGCGCUGCCCAUACCGAGCGACGCGCAGGCCCCCGACGUGCGCGCCGACCAGCAGCCGGCCAAGAACGCCGGCCGCGUGGCCCAGAUCAUGCGCUUUGGCUUCCCGGGCCUGGACAACGUCCGCUCCCAGAGCGACUACGUGCUGUCGUACGACCGUCGCGCGCGCGUGCCGAUGUGGGUGUUCGAGCACCUCACGGCCGAGAGUGUUCGCCGCAACGACGAGGUGGACCGCGCCGGCUGCGAGUUCGUCGCCGACACCUCCGUCCAUCCGUACUUCAGGGCGGACAACAGUGACUACAAGGGGAGCGGGUACGACAGAGGUCACAUGGCGGCGGCCGCCAACCACCGGCGCAGCCAACAGGAGCAGCAGGAGACGUUCCUGCUCUCCAACAUGGCACCGCAGGUCGGCGUGGGCUUCAACCGCGACAAGUGGAAUGACCUGGAGAUGCACGUGCGCAAACUGUGCAAGGUGUACCCGAACGUGUACGUCUGCACGGGCCCGCUGUACCUGCCCAGGCGCGAGGCCGACGGCCGGCUCCGGGUCAGCUACGAGGUCAUCGGCAAGAACCAGGUGUCCGUGCCGACCCACUUCUACAAGAUCGUCGUGGGCGAGACGGUGGCCGGCGCGCUGGAGCUGGAGGCGUACGUGAUGCCCAACCAGGUCAUCCCCAACGAGGCGCCCAUCACCAACUACCUGGUGCCGCCGGACGUGAUCGAGCGGGCGGCCGGCCUGCUCUUUUUUGACCGGAUGGACAGGAGCCGGCUGAUGCGGGUCAACGGCCGCAAGACCACCUGGCUGUGAGGAGGGCGGCGCGCGACCCUGCGGCCCUCCCGGCUGUCGGGGCGUGCCCUGCGGCCGGUCCUCCGGCUGUGGCGGGCCGUCGGCUGUAGGCUGCUGGGUGUGGCUCACCUUGACCGGCCGCCAGCGUGGUGGAGUGUUCCUGGCAGGGAUGGGGAAGUGACCCAGUCUUUCGGACAUCCGGCAGGGAGGCGUGUGAUGUUAACGGUGUAAGUUCUACCAGCCGCCCACGCGGGCGCCGACCCUGGUAGUCGUGACGGCCGUCACAGUGUUGAGCGGGUCAGCACAGGUGAUAUGCAGACGCCCGGUUUGUUUUAGUGUGCUUUGGAACACCCUAGUCCCUGAGUGAUUUAUGUUGGAGGACGAUCGAUGGCAUCGGAUGGGUCUUGCGUGGCUGGUGUUUUCGAGUUUGCAGGCAUGCCCGGGGUCCCACCACAGACCCCCGUGCCAUGAAAGGUUUUUUACUGUUGUGGUUUGCAGACGACUGUUAUGAAUUACGGCAUUGUUGUGACCAUCAGUCGCAUUGUUGUUCCACAAUCAAAUCUGUUAAACACGAAUUUUUAAUGAGAGGUGAUCUGUACUGAUAGCUGUGUUCAGACCAACUUGUUGCUCAUAUCCCAAUUGCGACGCGACAUUGGAAUUUUGAAUUGUUUCACAGAGGCGGUUAUGUAGUGCGUUUCAGAUUUCAAUACAGCGGCAUUUACCCAGGAGCGGCAGCGUGUUUGCCCUCCUUGUGGGAGAGCCACCCCAGCCUAACCAGGUCCGAC